GAACCUCCCAGGGCUUUAUAAACGGGGCUGCCACCGAGGACCCCACAGGGCAGCUGAAGCUGCUGAGUCCCAAUUCCAGGAAGGGGAAGAUAACGCCAGAUCUCGCACACCGCUCCCCAUCCUCACUGAACGGGGUGGCUGGCUCUGAGGAUCACACCUCCUGCUGAAAACGUCCUGCAGCCACUUACACAUUGGAAACGGCCCUCUGUGUCGCUUGGUGCUGCCGCUGCCGCCGCCACCGCCGCCGCCGAGCUCUGGUGCCAACAUCCCCGACACCUCCUUAGCUGAACUUGAGCGGGCAGGGCUCCAUCCAUGGAGAAGGCCCAUGGGCUAUUUGGCGACAAAUUUGGAAGCUUCAUGCGGCCAUGCAACGAGCCCCUAAGCUUCUCAGCAGGCCGAGCCAGUGGGAUGGGCAACAUCAAGACCCUGGGGGACACGUACCAGUUUGCUGUGGACGUUAGUGACUUCUCUCCAGAAGACAUCAUCAUCACCACCUCGAAAAACCAGAUUGAAGUCCAUGCAGAGAAGCUGGCGGCUGACGGGACCAUCAUGAACACGUUCACCCACAAGUGCCAGCUGCCAGAGGACGUGGACCCCACCUCGGUCACCUCCGCCCUGGGCGCAGACGGUGCCCUCACCAUCAAGGCCCGGCGGCGUCCAACCAAGCCCCCGGAGCAUCUGCAGCCCCAGCCGACCUUCCGGACUGAAAUCAAAAUAUGAGCACCCUGCCUGCCAGAGCGCAACACAUGGGAAAAGGGCUGAGGGUGGGGUGGGUGGGUGGUGUCAGGAAGCCUGGUACAAAGUUGGGUGGGGGGUGAGGGGAGGGGGGUCCUGGAAGGCAAGAAGAGGGAGGCCUUGUCUUCAUUCCUCCCUGGGGGGUCUCCCUUGUACAUAAGGGCUUGUCCUGAGUUUGUUAUAAAUGAUUGCUGAAUCUGCCCUCCA